AUGGCCCAGGAUAUGACUGAGAAAGAGCUCUUAAAGAUGGAAUUAGACCAGCUGAAAAAGGAAGUGAAGCUUGAAAGACAAAUGGUCUCCAAGACAGCAAAAGAACUCAAGGAUUAUAUAGAAUCCAUGGCUGGAGAAGACCCUCUCUUAAAAGGUGUUCCAGAAGACAAAAACCCAUUCAAGGAGAAGGGAGGCUGUAUAAUAAGCUGACCCCGGCCCCGCCGAAAGAAGAUCAUUGUUGUGUCCUUGUGCGAGAACCUGUCUAGCGUAACUGAGUGUAAAUGAUCUUCUGCCGGGAGGCGGGGCGGGGGUAGGACUCCUUUGCUGGAGUUUCACAUAGAACAAAAGAAUUGGAAAGUGGUCUCCUCCAAAAGAAAAAAGGAAGAAGACAAUAUC